AUGAAAGAAUCACAUGCAUCAUGCCGCGACCUCUACAAGUGUUCAUGCGAAGCACUGGAUGCACUUGUUGAAACAGGUCUGAAGAACGGUGCACUCGGUGGACGUCUCACCGGUGCAGGCUGGGGUGGCUGCACAGUAUUCAUUCUUUCACCAGAUUCAGAUCCUUCGAAGUUCAUUGAGGCAGUUAAGAAACAAUUCUAUUCACCACGUGGUGUUAAAGACCCAAUCAUUUUUGCUACAAAUGCUGGCGAAGGUGCACAAGCUUUCAAAUUCUAA